AUGCGUUCGGAGGCUGUCACAUAUGGUCGUCGCGAAGAUGUCCGUCCGAAGGAACUGAGGGAACCCGAAGGAAUCCGAGAGAACCCCAGAAAACCCAAAGGAACCCGAAGAAACCCGAAGGAACCCGAAGAAAUCCGAGGGAACCCGAAGGAACCCGAAGAAAUCCGAGGGAACCCCAGAAAACCCGAAGGAACCCGAAGAAACCCGAUGGAACCCGAGGGAACCCGAAAGAACCCAAAGGAACCCGAGGGAACCCGAAGGAAUCCGAAGAAACCUCAGGGAACCCGAAGGAACCCGAAGGAACCCGAGGGAACCCGAGGGGAUCAUUAUUCCGGCAUCUUCAAGAGAGCAUCAAAACCUUGGAAGAAAACCCAGUUCAAUUAUGACUUCGAGAAAACAUCGUGUGCGCUUACUCUCCACGACAAGAGCGAAAUUCUCCUAGACUCUCCACGACAAGAGCGAAUUUCCCCUAGACUCUCCACGACAAGAGAGAAACUCCCCUAG